AUGAAUAAACCUUAGAGGAAAGUUUCAAUUGACUUAAAUAUCCGAUCUGCAACUCUCAAGGUAGAGGAGCCUAUGGAAAUUCUUAUCGUCUGGAAAAGAGGAACUAAAAAGAUUGACACUAGAUCAAGAAUAAUAGACUAAAGCAGGCCUUAAGCAGUAUUUAAUGAGAAAUUCCAGAUGAAGACUGCUUUAGACUACGAUACUCUAAGAAGAACAUUCAUUAAAAAAAAGUCUGAUUUACAAGUAUGGAAAAAGGACAUGUCAGUUAUGCUUGGCUCUGCAGAUUUUGAUUUAAGCAAAUAUGCUAAUGAUGAACGUGCAUAAGACGACAGACUGCCUCUUAAAAAUUGCACUAUUGAUUCAUCUGCAUACAUUGAAAUCUACAUAAAAGCUAAGGUGUUAGAUGCAGUACCUCAAACCCCAAGCAUGAAGACAACAGGCAUGUAAUUAACUUCAAUGCCAACAAUCGAGGAAAGAGAUUCUGAGGCUGAUGUGAGGGAAGAACUUGAGAGAAAAGAAAAAGAGUACAGAAGAAAUAUUGAGAGAUUGGAGGACAUGCUGGAUGAUUUGAGAAGAAAGGGAGAGGAGCAAGCAAGUUAAUAAGAGAUGAUGAAUUAAACAGUAAUUGGCUACGAGCCAGGAGAUAUUCUUGAGAUGAGAGAAAAGGAAAUGCUGCAGUUAGAAUAAGAGCUCAUGGAGUUAGAUCAGUAGAAUCAGAAUUUUUAAGUCAAAAGUGAAAUUCUUCGAUCAAUCGAUCAAGCUUAUGGUUUAGAAAGUAAUGAUGUCAAUUAUACAGUAGAAUAAGUACAAAAAUACUUGGAGAAAUAUCAAGAGAUGUCAAAGCAAGCCUAGAAUGACCUAUUUAAAAACCAAGAUAUACUUGAGCAUUUGUAUUCAUUUGAUAGGUUUGAUUACUAAACGUUGUGA